UCGUUUCUCUGCUCUCCAAUGUCAAAGUAUACGAAACUGUCGACUGCGGACGACAAUCUCGACCACGGCCAUAUGAUGUCUGGCAAUGACAUGGAGCUGGACUUGAUGGAAGCAGGCCGCAAGCACAAAGGCGGCUCAACGAACGGCACCACCGCCACUACAUCACCGCCGCAGCACCGUGGACAGGCGAGCAAGAGCGGUGGCAAGCCAGGGACGAGUGCUGCCAAUGGAGCGGCGGCGCGGUCAUCACGCACUGGUGCGCGAGGUCGUCCUGCUCACAAUGGAAGCAGCAGCAGCAGUAAUAGCUCAAGCGACGACGACGAUGACGAGGAAGAAGUCGUGUUCAGCUCGACUCCCGCUGCUGCUGCUGCUCGAAAUGCGAACGGAAAGAGCAAAGCAGCGGCGUCUGGGAGCCGUGCGAGUGGCAAGCGACGCCGAACUGCUGCUGCUUCUGCUUCUGCUGUCAAACCGGGUCGUUCUGAGCGGAGAUCGUCGUCGUCAACCUGCUUCAACUUGCUCGUCGUGCUGUGGAACCUGGUCAUCUUGGGCGCCAUCCUGGGACUGGCCCUCGAGCUGGUCAACGUAAUCAGUAGCAUGGAAGACAUGCGGCGCCAGAUUGCAGAACUUCAGGCAGCAGAGCGAGCCAGACAAGACCAACCAACGUCGCCCGGAGAUAUCUCCCCGGGCUCCACCGUGCAGACGCAGCUCGCGGAUUUGUCCGAAAAGUACUUUUUGCUUCACGGCGAAUGGACUGUGGCCAAGGACACGCUCGAGUUUGUCAACGACGCGGUCGCUCUGUUUAAUGCGACAAUCGUUCAGCCCGACUCCCCUCGUGGUCUGCAGAUUGCGAGUAUCGCGGAACAGCUCGGCGCGACCACCACGCUGUCUCGAUCCAACGAACAGCGCUCCAACCAAAAUGCCGAAGCGAUCUCUUCCAUGCAAGAGACAGACGCGGAGCUCCGAAAGUCGAUUGACGACAAUGCGAGAAACGUGGCGGAUGACUUCCAAAUCGUCCGGCACGAGUACCAACAGAUUUACAUUAACAGCAUUGUGAAUCUCACGAGGCGGGUGGAUACAGUCGAGGCGUUGGUGGCCACCACGAACUUGAACGAUGUUGCCCAAAUGGUCGACGGCGUGCUGGCGGAUGUCACAAGCGCCAAAGCAACGGUUGCUCAGCUUUCGAGUGUUGUCGAGGCGCUUCCAACCGACCUUGGCACUUUUAUGCCCUUGAUGAAUGACAUGAACACCCGGCUCACUGAGUUCGGGCAAAUCGCAGAAAACGACAAGAGUCUCGUCAAACUGCUCGAAGAGACGGCCACCUCCGCGCAGAACGAAGCUCGGAUAAACGCGAAUAGCAUCAGGAAUCUUCAAGACCGCGUCGGUACUCUUGAGGAGUGGCGCAAUAGACAGUCAGAGUAAUGUCCUUGUGGAUGGUAUUGUUGUAUAUAUGUCAAUCGGUUGAUGCGAACGGGCAGCCGCCGCGUUGUUGAAUUUUGUUUUCUUGCUUUGAUAGUGACCUCUCUGUGUGUUGAUUCUUGUGGUGGUUGUAUGUUGUGAUUUACUUCUGCUUUAUUUCCUGCUUAAUAUAAUGACAAUGUUGCGGAUUACGGA